AUGGUCGAUGAAGUCACAGAACAGCAGAAUAAUUGGUUGUCUUACAUUGAUUUCAAUGCCGAUUCGGGAACAUCUCCUUAUUAUAGUCGACGUCUCACACUCCACUCUUCCGACUCGAUCGGCCCCAACUCAUCCACUCACACAUCAACAACCGCUCUUCCGGCUCGAUCUGUCCCAACUCAUCCACUCACACAUCAACGACCGCUCUUCCGGCUCGAUCGGUCCCAACCACACAUCAAUAACCACUCUACUCUCCAGUGCAAUUACUGUCGCCGACUCCUCCCAUCCCCAUUAAGCUUUCUGGAAUAUAGUGAGAACGCUCCAACAUCAACCGAAGAAUUAGAUACACCCGAGUUUUUUCAACAUAGCAAAGAAAAAUAUGAAUCGGCCAAGUCGGAAGUAAAGAGACAAAAGAGGCGAGGCGAAUAUCGGUCUGCGAUAAAGGCGAGUAUCUCGCAUGGUCAGCCUGAUAACCCAUCUCUAACUUUGCCUGCAAUAUUAAGACAAAUUAUUCGAUGA